GUUUCUUCAUUGCCAGCAGCAACAGAACAUCCAAAACCCCAUUCUAAAAAAGGCUCUUCUCGCUGCUCUUGCUCAGUUUGCUGCAGGUUGGGUUGCAAAGCUGAAGGGACAAGGAGUGAAUUUGGGCUCAGCCUCUUUCCACACCAGAGUUACCAAUCAUAGAGAGGAAAAACUGGUUGAUCUACCUGCUGUAUGUUCGCAGAGACUACGAUGAGUGUAAGGCAGUCAUCAAAGAGCAGCUCCAGGAGUCUCACGGGCUGUGUGAAUAUGCAGUCUACGUUCAAGCUUUGAUAUUUCGCUUGGAGGGGAAAAUUCAAGAAUCUCUUGAACUUUUUCAGACAUGUUCCAUACUGAACCCUCGAAGCGCUGACAAUCUCAAGCAGGUGGCACGAUCGCUGUUUCUUUUGGGGAAGCACAAGGCAGCCAUUGAAGUGUACAACGAAGCAGCUAAACUUGAUGAAAAGGACUGGGAGAUCAGCCACAACCUAGGUGUGUGCUACAUGUACCUCAAACACUUCAACAAGGCACGAGACCAGCUAAACAAUGCCCUGGAGCUCAACAGGCAUGAUCUGACUUACAUGAUGCUGGGGAAAAUUCACCUUUUGGAAGGGGAGACGGAUAAAGCCAUUGAAAUCUAUAAGAAAGCCGUAGAGUUUUCUCCAGAAAACACAGACCUCCUUACAACACUGGGGUUACUUUACUUGAAGCGUGGGGAUUACCAGAAGGCUUUUGAACACCUUGGAAACGCGCUUACUUACGACCCAGGCAACUACAAGGCUACCUUGGCAGCUGGCAGCAUGAUGCAGGCCCACGGAGAUUUUGACGUUGCCCUCUCCAAGUACAGGGUGGUAGCCAGCACUGUGCCUGAAAGCCCCCCGCUGUGGAACAACAUUGGCAUGUGCUUCUUUGGGAAGAAGAAAUACGUAGCAGCUAUCAGUUGCCUGAAGCGAGCAAACUACUUGGCUCCCUUUGACUGGAAGAUUUUGUACAAUUUGGGGUUAGUCCACCUCACGAUGCAGCAGUACGCGUCUGCUUUCCACUUCCUCAGUGCGGCCAUCAACUUCCAGCCCAAGAUGGGAGAGCUGUAUAUGCUCCUUGCAGUUGCUCUGACAAACCUUGAAGACAUUGAGAAUGCAAAACGUUCCUAUGAGCAAGCUGUGGCACUGGACAAGUGCAACCCCCUCGUCAACCUGAACUAUGCUGUCCUGCUGUAUAACCAGGGCGACAAGAAGGGAGCCCUCUGUCAGUACCAGGAGAUGGAGAAGAAGGUCAAUGCAGUGAAGGAGAGCGGUACUCUUGACUUUGACCCUGAGAUGGUGGAGGUUGCCCAGAAGAUGGGAGCUGCCCUGCAAGUAGGGGAGAGCCUGGUGUGGACUAAGGCUUCUAAAGAGUCUAAAUCCAAGCAGAGAGCUGCUCAGUCAGGGAGAUCCUCCAGCACUCAGCAGCCUUUGGGCUCUAACCAGGCCCUGGGUCAAGCCAUGUCCUCAGCUGCAGGGUAUGGGAAAACCGUGCAGCUCCCCCCAGGUGCCGGGGCAUCAGCUCCACUUGCAAAGCCUCCCUCGCUGCCUCUGGAACCAGAACCGGGCUCGGACGUGAGCCCUGAGGAGAGCUCGGCACCAGCAGGGCCUGAGGAACAGAGGAAAGAAAAGCGCAAGAGCCGGCAGGCAGCGGACUAGGACGGACUCUGGUCAGGACGGGCGGGCGCAGGAGCCUCUCCAGAGCUGCCUGCUGGCUUGUGGGGAAAGGGACCUGCCCCCUCCCCUGACCCCCGGUGGCUUCACCCCACCGUCAGUUAGUCUAAAUGCAGCCGUUUCCUCUUAACGAUUUUCGCACGCGGUCCCUUCCUCGUCCCAAGGAGUCGUUGCAGCGAUCGAUCAGGAGAGGUUUCUGCGUAGCUGCUGUUGGCGCGGUCACAGCUCACGGCCGGAGACUGGAGGAUGGAGAUUCCCCCUGCUCCCAGGGUUGGCAGCCCUCGGGGUUUGGGCGUAAAUCCUCCAGAGGGAUGCUGAGGCACGUUUAGAAAAGCCAGCAGCGGUGACUUAGAGUCCCGGACCCCAAAGAGGGUCAAACCCUUCCACGUGGCCGAGCCUGCAGGCGGCUGAGGAAGCCCUACGCAGGCUGCAGUAAGGUCAGCGGGACGGCGCUCGGAGAGGCGGGGGGUGAAGGUUGCGCCUCUCCCCGGGGCAGUAAGCCGGGCUCAGGACUAGCAGGGCACGAGAGGCACUUGGAAGCCCAUGCUGUCCUUAGCUCUGGCAGCCCGGGGCGUUUGGCGGAGCCGCCUGGCUAAGGCGAGCUGCUCCGUCGGCACGCACCCGUGGCGGCUGCCCAACCCAGCCGGCUUCCUCCAGAGUGUUCACCUUCCGAUCCCGGGAUCGCUCCCUGUAUCUCAAAUCCAACCUAUUUUUAAGCGUAAGCUCCCAGGUGGUAGCUGAGAAGGUUGCAAAGCUGGCCCCCAGUCAGCCAAGUGCUCAGGGGCUGGCUGUUCUGGAAGCAGGCUAGCUACAGCAGCAAAGAAUUCUGCCAAAUUCCUCAUUGUUUGCUGAGAAACGGGGUAAAUGAACCUCAGGAAAGCUCUGCUCACGUGACUGGAGUUCUGCCUUGUGAAUUUGUAUUGCCCAGCAUGGAGGGAAAGAUUAGUUGGCAGGGAAAAAAAAAGCAAGCAAUGAUAUGGUCAGCUUCAAUGCUAAAUAUAAAUUGUUUUCGUAUGACAGCAGCCAUACACUGAAUAAUUUAGUUCCGUCCUCCUUUCAGUUGCAUUUUAGGAGAAAUCAGGCUGGCUGCAAGGUGGCAAAGCAGCCCGUUGGUGAGCAGAACAAGGAAUUUCAGUGCCCCAUGUGAUCCUAGAGCUGCUUUGAAAAUAUUUCUAUCCUUGAACAGCAAAACUUUAGCCUUCCUUUUCUCUGCCACCAUCAGUUUGUUGCCUCUGGGGUUUAUCCAGAGCUUGAUACAGGUCCUCAAGCAAACGGCUUUUGAGAACUGAAGGUGGGACUCUCAUACUUUACAGAAAGAACAAGUAAGGGGGUUAAGUGUAGUUUUUUUUCCCUCCUCCCCUCUUGUGUCCCGAGAAGUACAGCAAGCUAACAUUGCCGCGGGACUUUCGAUGUGAGUUUUCCAAAGGGGAGGUGUAGGGCUUCCCCAACUAAACUGGCUUCAGGGUUCACUCUGUUUGCUGGUUAAGCCACCCAGCUUUUGAAAAUGUAUUUCCUGCUUUUAGUCCUGCGGUGUUGCAGGGUAUCACUCUGUAAUGAACAAGUCCGAGGGAGGAAGGUUAGUAAUGGAACCUUCUCUGUCACAACAAAAGUAAAAGCAGCACGACCGAGGCUCUGGAUUCAUGAACGUCCUUCAGUUGUGCUUUGUGGUUAGCUGCUGUUAGCCAAAAGGACAUUAAUGCAUCUUUAGAGCACAUCCAGGAACUCAAGUGCUGUCCUGCUCCCGGGAGAACACUGAAAGAGUAUAAGAACUCUUCACUUUCUUCUCGCUUUUGAUUGCCAAAACUGCUUGCUCAUCUCAAACGUGGCUUUUUGUUUUCCAGCUGUCCCCUGCUGCUGGGUUUUGUAUCGGUACAGCUUCAGGGUAGCACUCCUGUAAGGUUUCCCUCGUGGUAGGAGUUGAAGAAAACAGAGGAUCUUUAGUGGAGCACUGGUAAAUUUAAACAAACCAGACAAGCAGCAGUGUAAAUCAGGUACAGGGCAGUGAUUUUUAUUCAUGUUAAACUUUUUACACGGAAAGUUACUGCAGCAUAAGAGAGCACCUGUGAAGAAGAAGUUAAGAUUGCAGAUCAAGGGUAGGCAGGGGAUGGGAACUCUUUACCUCACCCCCAAAACUUUAGUUCAAGGCCGUUUUUGUCCAACAGCAGUCGAUGGCUGUAAUCUUUCAGUCUUCUCACAAAGGCUCUCAAGCCCUGGAAGCGCCAGGACCAGUGACCACAACGGCGUGGUUACGGGUACGCGGGCACCAGCAUCGCUCCUACAGGAAGGUUUUCCCUCCAUCUGCUUACGACCCUUCGUUUCGAUUUUCCUAGCCGCUUUCCCCCGCCUUCCACUUGCUGUAAAAAAAAAAAAAAAAAAAAAAAAGACUGCGGCAUUCCCCGCCGCGUUUGCUGUUCCCAGGAGAUGGGGAGCAGCCCUCGGCCCACCGCUGUUCCCAACUUACAGCCCACCACGGGCACAAAGAUCCCUCUUCUCUCACCCAGGCCCGCUGGUGCGACCCGUUACCUUCUUGGCUGUGAGGAUGCUUGUAUAGGGUAAAUGUUACACAUAAUAACGUUAUGUUAUAUAUAUACACUAAUAACUGUUCAUACAUAGGGUGUCCUACAUUUGGCAGUACUGUGAAGGUAUUUAAAAUAAAUAUCUAUUUGGUGAAAAGCUUA